CUCGCGCUCACGGUCUCGCGUAUUCAAGCGACUCGUAUACUCAGGUCUCGCGAGGCGACCGACUAGCGGCGCGCCAGUCGGCCCAAGAUGGCCACGCUGGAUCAAUGAAACGCGAGUAAUCGUAGUGAAAACACAAAUUGACAAGUGUGCAAGCGAACAUCGCGGCUCGAUCGCGGUGUAAAUGGACCAUGGGCAAGGACCAGGAGCUGCUCGAGGCAGCGAGAAGCGGCAACGUCACCGUAGUCGAGAAGAUUCUCGGCCAGCGUGCCAAGAGGAGUGGUCCACUGGCAAGUUUGCGUCGGGGACCAGGAGCUAAUGUGCAAGACGCUAGUGGAUAUUCAGCCCUUCAUCAUGCAGCUCUGAACGGACAUAGAGACGUGGUCAAAUUACUUCUCCAAUAUGAGGCUUCCACCAACGUAGUUGACGCUAAGGGUUCUUCGCCGCUUCAUUUGGCAGCUUGGGCGGGGGACGCGGAAAUUGUGCGAUUAAUUCUCAGCCAGGGCCCGUCGGUGCCGAAAGUGAAUCUUGCGACAAAGGAUAACGAAACUGCACUGCAUUGUGCGGCGCAGUAUGGACACACGGAAGUAGUGGCACAGCUGUUGCAGUACGGAUGCGACCCUAGUAUCCGCAACAGCCGCGGAGAAUCUGCGCUCGACCUCGCCGCACAAUAUGGCAGAUUGGAAACAGUGGAAUUACUCGUGCGAACGCAUCCCGAAUUAAUUGAAUCGCUUCGAAAUUCUUCCUCGUCUCUGAUCUUCCCGCAUACACCUUUGCAUUUAGCUUCGCGCAAUGGCCACAGAGCUGUGGUGGAGGUUCUUCUUGCCGCUGGAGUUGAUGUCAAUACAAGAACGUCAGCGGGUACGGCGAUGCACGAGGCCGCGCUCUGUGGCAAGAUGGAAGUGGUACGGGCGCUUUUAGAUCGCGGAGUGGAUUUGGGCAUUAGGGACUGUCGACAAAACACGGUGCUUGAUCUUCUGGGACAGUUUCCGCCGCACGUCACUCAAGAUAUCACGGCGGUGAUAAAAAGGCAUCGGUCUUCCUCCGGUGUGGAAAGCGACGCUGACAGUGAGAAUUUGCCGCCAAUUCCAGUGCAGGGUGGCGACUCAUUGGGGAGCCCCUACGAAAAUGUUCGCCCGGGAGACGAACUCUCCCCUGCGGAAGGUACAUCGCCUACUCAAUGGCAGUUCUAUCACAAGCCUCGGGAUGACGAUCGUCGAGUUUCCGGCACUUCCGUCAUGUCCUUUGAAGACGAGCAGAACGGGGAACCGGUGAACGGAGUACGGAGGACCCUCCAGCAGACAGAGGACUCCGACCCCAGUUCCGUCUUCGACAGCGUCUUUAUGUCCCUAUCCGACACUCUCAACUCUAUAAAUACUCUCGAAAGUUCUGAACAAACUCCUGAAGAUAUACCACAAAACAUUACAAAAAGAACACCACUACCACCCGACACUACACGUGGGCUGUACCAAACUCCACCAGUGCCACGUGGCACAAUGGAGGGUAGCUACGUGUCGGAGGACCUGUCCUUGACAUUGCCCACGGGAUACAGUAGAGAGUCCGACCAAUUGAGCGUGUCGUCAUCCUCGAGCGUCGGCGGACCGAGCCCACGGGAUCGUCGUUGUUUACCCAGCGAUUCCAGCGGCAUUUACUUGCCAAUGGCAAGUCCCCUGUCCAGCUCGCUACAUAGCUCCGCUUCCAACAGCAAAGUCUCGCCAACACCGCCCAAGAAACCACCCAGGCGAAAUCUCUCGGUAUCCCCAACGCACUUGCAGACACAAAUGUCUUUAUCAGCCGACAGUUCGGUCGGGCCGAGCAAUUACGAGUAUUUGUUCUUGGCGCGCACCGGCGCGCGAAGUCACAUCGAUCUUGAGCAACUGCAGAAACGGCGGGACCAGCUGCGACACGUCACUCGAAGCGUGGAGUACGUGGAAAUGAAAUCACGACUGGUCGGAACGGAUGAGGAGCGCGAAUCUAACGUGGAGCCGGUGGCUAUAACGUCCAUUUACGAGAACCGACCGGUGAAAAUGCUAAAUCCGCGUAGAAAAUUACGCAGACACGCUUACGACAGCUACGAGCCGGAAAGCAAUCCGUACGCCGACAAGUCACCGUGCAGCGACGGCGAUGCUGUGAUUCAGGAGCAAACGUUCGUGUCGAACGCAUUUCUCACUCUUAAGUCUUCCCAGGAGAGUCUACUCGAUGAAAAACGCGAGAUCGACGGGCAAAUCAAUUUGGAGAAUCGUGAGGCCACCGACAAGCGUCUCAAGCGCGUGCAAAUGAUGCUGCCAACCAGUCCUACACACUACGUUCAGCCACCCACACCUGACCAUCCACCGCCGUCCGCCAUGCAAGCGGAAAAGUCCAUCCAUGAACGUAUACGUCCGCUCAGUCAGGUAUACAAACGAAGAUCCCGCGACAUGGAGACAGAAACCGACGAGGAUCUGUUGCAGUUUCCCACCGCUGGAUCACUGGACGCGUCUAGCGGCUCGCUCUCUAGCGUGUCUCUGUCCGACAAGAGCAUGUCCACUGACAAUGUCGAGGAGUAUUUUGGCGACGUGCCGUUUGCAGGUCUGUUAAAGGGCUCCGUCACGGCUGAACGGCCGCGUACUUUGCGCCGCUUGCGGAACGUCUACGGUCAGACUGCAUGCGGGAUGGGAACCGGCGGUGACGGCGGGGGCGGAGAUCGUCUCGAAGACGGCGAGGUCGCUUUUCGGAUUGCUGGCGAUCGGGAUCGCGACAGGGACGAGAAGUCUCUCAGCAUAAUGAGUCCCUUCGACGAGCAGGAGGAAUGGGCGAAGAUCUCGGAAAUCAUGGCGUCAUUCGGCACUGGUCUUGUGCAAGAGUCGGUAUUCGUCAGCGAGCUCGAGAAAGAAUUCCAAACGAGGCUAGGUUUGAGUUCAGAUACUAGCAUCAGUCCCAUUGUUUCGACCAGUGUGGGUCAAUGGUUGUCCAGUUUGGGUCUGGCGGAUUAUGAGUCCCUCUUUACUAACUACGGUUUUGACGAUCUCGAGUUCAUAAACGGAGUGUUGGACGAUAGAGAUUUGCGCGAGAUGGGUAUCAGUAGCGAGCAUGAAAGGACUGUGAUCAUAAACUCAGUCGGAUUACUGAACAAGCGAGUGGAAAAACGUAACGCGGAUCACGACCAAUCGGUGGAGGAGUGGCUGAAGAGCAUUCACCUGGAAAAUUAUGCGGAGACGUUCAGGAAGCAUCUGUACACCGACAUGGAUCGGAUCAAACGAGUCUGGGAGGUCGAGCUGACAACAGUUUUGGAAAUCCAAAAACCAGCGCAUCGCAAACGCAUCCUUGCUUCCGUGAGUGGCACGAAUAGCGCGCGCGCGCAAACUCGCAACGGCACAGGACUAAACUUGGAAGACUUGAAUAAGGACCUUAACACUCUGAAAACAAAUAUACAGCAAUUGAAGGAGGAAAUACAGGAGAAAUUGCCGGAAACAACGGCGGACACUAACGGUGGCACGUCGAUAACCGGGGGAACGAAUUCGGUAGCCACAGGUACAUUGAGACACCGCAAAAACCGGCCGGCGCCUCAGCCUCCUCAGCGACCUAGUUCGCAUAACGGGGCGAUCUCGGCACCGGAACAGCUUGAGAUCAGAGCUCCGUCUGAGCUGCUCUUCGGGGUACCGUCUACUCUCAAGACGCAAUGGAGGCACCAGCCAAAGGCUCUAGUCACUGGCUGCGUCACUUACAUCGCCAAUUAUCUGGGCUCCACUGUCGUCAAGGAAUUGCGCGGCACCGAGUCGACAAAAAAGUCGAUACAGAAACUGAAGAAACCCUUUCAAGAACCUAGUCCCUAUAAGAAACCUCCGCCCGACAUUACAUUGGCAAUUUCUUAUCGUGGUGUUCGUUUCCUCGACACGUUAACCAAUGAGCCAAUUUGCGAGCACGAGAUACGUAACAUCCAUUGCGCCUGUCAGGAUGCCGAUGAUCUUACUCACUUCGCGUACAUUACGAAGGAUCACGCUAGUCGGCAGCACUACUGUCACGUAUUUUGCGUGCCAACGAUGGAUCAAGCGACAGAGAUCAUCUUGACUCUGGGUCAGGCCUUCGAAGUAGCUUAUCAGAUGGCAUUGAGGGACAAGCUCGGUAACCACGCCGUCCGAUCUCAAUCCGCCAAUCAGCUAACAACGCUCGCCGGGUCGUCCAAGUCGACAACACCUUCAAAAAUGUCCGUGUCUCCCGAUUCCGUGCCCGAUUCCAACACGCGGGACGCGGAUCACACCUUAACUUUUAAUUCCACAUCGAAUCCCAAGAUGAAAUCGCGAUCGAAGUCCACACCCAAUCCGAAUCUCCAUAUCCUUAAUCCGAAUCCGGUGCAGGAUAGUAACUCCAACUCCAGUUCCAGCUCGACGAUCGCCGCCAACUGCAAUCUUAGCGCGAAUUCCACAUCGAGUCCCACCACAAAUUCGAUCACCGGCUCUAAUUCGAACAGCACCACUAAUCAGAGCACUAAACCUUUAGCCACCCAUGGUCGUUCUCAUUCCGUCAACGACAUCAAGGUAAACGGUAAUCAAUUGAAGUUAGCACCGGCACCGGUAGACGACAUCAGUAUCGGAGUGAAGGACAUGAAGCCGGGUUCGAGGGCUCCAAUUGCACUGUCCGAGGAGCUGUAAUCUUCAGUUCGUAUCUCGCGUUGAAAUACAUAAAAUCGCUAUGCAUAAUUGCAUGGCGUUUGAUUGAACACGAAUGCGUCGUUUUUGUGUAAAAAUGACGAACAUCUUUUGACUCUGGUGUUUCCAUUCGUUUCCAUGAGAAACGAAUAUCGCAGAAGAGUGCUCUGUCUCAUAGCAAUCGAUUGGCUAUUUAGAAAUAUCUACUCAAUGACGAAUUACAAUAGAAACAUAAGAUCGCAAUAUUUUAUUCGUUGUUUACUUGCAAGUUUGCACAAGAGUUUAACGAAUCAUACUUGCGGAUACGCGCAUUUUGCUAUUUUGAAAUCAAUACUGAUUGUGCGGGAAGACCAUACCUUUUCGAUCGAUUAUCAUCGAGAUUUACACUGUAAAAAAAAAAGUGUCUGUACAUAAAUUUACAUGGAAAAUCCAUAAAUGUACACGAAGAAUAUAUCACACGCUGAUAACGAAAAUGUACGAAAUUGUCAAUUUGCACACAAGAUUGCGUGUAAAUUUACGUGAUUUUGUACAUUUCUGAUAUUAACAGAGAGUAAUAUUUGGAUAUUUUUUACAGUGUGCACAAAAAUUAGUAACUAAUUAUGAUUCAUGGACGCGUAAAAAAAAAGAAAACAAAUAUCUUUGAAGUUAUUUUAUCCAGAUUUGUAGUCACUGCUCAAGUGACAAAUGUACGCAUUAUAUUUACGAUAUAUUGCGAUAUAAUUAUAUAUCGAUAUAAUAUGUAUGCAUUAUAUAUGUACGAUAUAAUGCGUACAUAUGUACGUACACUUACCGCCGAAAACAGAUAUUUAUUUAUUAUAGGGUUUCUCUUAAUCUAACAAGGCCUCGAGGACAACAAAGGUAAGUAGCAGAAACAAAAUGCUUUGCUAUUCUGCGCAAUUUCCGACUAAUAUUUCGACUGAUUGUGAAUUUUUGUGGCUGAUUCGCGUUUAUGCUGUGAUUUUGAAAUCAUACGGUAUUGGCUAAGGUAAUUUUAUCGAGAGAUAACCGAUUCACACACAGCUCAUACUUCCGGCGGGCGAUAGAACACGUUAGGUCUUUCUUAUGACACGUCGUUCGAGCAACCAGUAUUAUUAAUGCGACAUUAUUAAUGAUGACAGUAAGCAUAAAUAUACGCACAAUACGAGGCGUGAAAUUGCCGUAAUAACUUUAAAUUCGCGCAAUUCUCAACACGUGCAGCUUUAAUUCUGUCGCUAGACUAGAUUCGGCGGUUUGUGUUCGGGCUUUGUCCGAAACACGCUGACAUGUAACGGACCACGGGAAAGAAAAAAGAUAAGAUGCGCUGGGACGGCGCAAAGAUAUGCUCAAUAUUGAUUCCUCAUGAACGUUAACGGCGACCAACGAAUCCGUUCCGUAGUUUUUUCUCCCUUGUACUGUGUUUUCGUGAUUUUUCUCAUUCCUCAAAUCCCAAGUUCCGAUUUAACGAGUUACCACCGAUUUUUUCGACAUUUUAUCCUUCACUGAGAAGACUGAGAGAGUCUUUACAUCUCGGUUUGUAUUUCGCGUUUAUAGUGUAAUGUACAAUACACAAUAUACACACAAAAAACAAUAUUGAUCGGAAAAAGAGAGAAUUUUAAUAUAUUUAUCCACAAGCGAACCACGGAUGUAAUAUCAGAGAAAACUCUAUUUGUUACGCGCAAGUGAGAACUGUUCUACCUUUUCUGUGUGAGAACUUAAAGGAAAGAAAAUAUGUGCGACAUAGUGUGCGAGAGCAUCACAACAUAAUAUAUGUCGCAAUUGAACGCGACUUGUAAUAUAUCGAUCAUACAUCAUUUGUAGUUCACGUGAAAGCGCAAUUAAUGUUUCUUCUUCAUCUUUGAUAUAACUAGAGUACGAUCGAGACAAAAACAAAAAAACAAAAAAAACAAAAAAAUAAAAAAAUUAGUUGUCGUGACUAGAUAAGAAGAAGACUGUCGGUUCACGUGAGUCCAAUAUGCGCGUUACGCUAACAUUGUGCAUACCAUUGAACAUGUUUGCAACCAUUGUUCCAUUUUUACGACGUGCGGGCCUAAGAAGCUGGAUAGAUGUCGUCACGAUACUAUCCGCAUUUGUAACAAUUUAUCUAUUUCGUGCAAUCGACGACACAUAACGAAAGGAAGAAACAGCGAAAUGAAAAUUUACGUAGACUUUAAACACGUCCUUCCCUUCGCGCGUACGUUUCUCUUGUCAACAAGAAAGUAAGCAACCAAAGAAGCAUGAUUUAUGACACGAAUAUGCAUAUACACUUACACUCAAUGCAUAUUCACAACAUAAAGCAAUACGAAGACAGAAAACGAACGAAACUACUAAGGAUGAUCACAAGCCGUCGGAGAGGGGAAGAAAAAUGACAUACUGCCAAAACGAUACACCACUAUCACCUCGGUAGCUAUAUAUAUACAUAUACACACUUUGUAUUUAUCACAUUUACAACACAUAGUUCACAUUAUAUACAUAUAUAUUAUAUAAAAAUAUCUACAGGAACAUCGACAGCGAAAUUUUCUUUUUCGCUAAACGUAACUGAAUAUUCUAUGUAUUUUUAACAUUCUUGUAGCAGCUAUGUUUAGUGAGUAGUUCUCGGUAAAGAGCAUGUUCUAUAUCGCGAUAUGUCGAAGCGUGUUAUUUAACGAUAGACUGUGUAUAUUGGGAGAGUAAUAUAGUUCUUUUUUGAGAUAAUCGUGCGAUAGUUUUCCCGCGGCAGCGAACAAAUUCAAUCAAUUUGACUCGUCUGCGAAUUCAUGCAAUUGCAAUUUCGCGCAAUUCAGAAUAGUGCCAACGCGCGAGCCUGUCGCGCACCUUCUCGAAUCGAUCUUGCUGUUUGUCCUUCGGAAAAAUUCUCUUUUUGUGAAGGGAGACUCAAUAUAACAGUUUUUACUUCCUCUUUUUUUUCUCACGAUUGUUACUAUAAUAUUCAUACAUACAGAGACAAACGCACAGUUUUGACAAUUAUGAGGGACAAAUUGUCGGCAUGUAGGACGGAGAUGUUAAUAAUAGGCGUAAAAAAACUAAAAAAUUGAAAAAAAAUCGAGGAAAUUAAAUAAUUAUUAACUAUAUUAUAAAAUACGUAUAGACAUUACAUAAAUCUACUCUACGAAUAUAUAUUUUGACGACAAUUUGCCUCUCAUUUGUGUCUCGUUUUAUUCUUUCCGUCAUUAAAUACAAUAACUUACAGAUAACUUAUCCGAACGACGAACUUGCUGAUUAUCGAUUUCUCUCGCAAUGAGUUUAUCACAUGUGAGAAAAGAAAGAUACAAAUAGCACAAACAAAAAGAAUGAUUAUUCGGACCAAGCAAGAACGAGCAAAAAAUAUGCUCGUUACGGAUUAUGGUUGGAGUAUUAAAGGCAGUGAUGUACUCACUGCACUUCUUCAUAAAGCAUGGAGUUUUAACCUUGUGUGCCCGUUGGUACCGAUAGCGGCGUCAGAUUUGUGCUCGAAAGAUAUUAUAUACAAUGUUUAGAAUAUAUAUAUAUAUAUGUGUACAUAUAUACAUUUACAUAUAUCUAUAUAUGCAAAUUACACCGAAGACCACCACCGCGAAUCAGUUUCUUCUAGUAAUACCAAAGAGAUUGCGGGUGAUCUUAAUAUAAUUGUGAUUUUUGUACAUUUUUCUGACGUUUUAUGACGUACAAUAUAAAUAGCAUCAAAUUUUUCUUUUAAACAAUUUAUAUUGUUAGAUAAAUAACUUCUCACGACUUUUAUAUAGGUUUUUGUUGCACAUAGUUCUGAUAAAACUUUAGCAAUAUAAUUACUAUUACCAGCGCCAUUUUUCAAGCUCAUGUCCGCUAAUUUUAUAUGGAUAUGGUGUUGUGUGUAGGUACAUAAUCGAAUGCAUUUAUCGCGUGCACGUCACUCCUAUAAACGUCGAGAGUCGUUUGCUUUACGCCAAUCAAAUUUGCAUAGCAAAUGCGUUUUGACGCGUCGUCAGUUGACUCUACAAAGGUCCCGCAACAGUGAAAUUCGCUAAAAUGUAUUUAUAUUCUUUUAAAUAGAAAUAUAGAAGUAUAAAUAGCGCCGUGAUCAAUAUUUUAUAGAAAAUAUAAUUUAUAGGUUUUCAUGUAUAUUUUUUGUUAUUAUUCGCCGACACACGCAGACAAUAAAAUAUGGUUUUUUGUUACGCUUUUGUUAUUUUAUGUAUAAUAAGGCCAUAUACAUUUACACAUACACACACACACACACAUACACACACAAAACCAUUCUAAAAGUGCGGAUUACACAAUACGGUUUUAACAAUAGCAAUUUACUUCUAUUCAUAAAUGAGAAUCGUCGUAAACUGAUUCCGGUGGUAGCGUAUAUCCACAGUUCUUUAUGUGGUUGAUGAAAAAAAAAAAAAAAAAAAAAAA